AUGAAGUCCUUCCUUCUCCCUCUCGCGCUCUUCAUCGCCGCCGCCCAGGCGCAGUUGAUCCUCGGCGCGCUUGCUCUCAUCGAGUUCACCAUCGAGAUCCUCGAGGCCGAGGCAGUCGUCGCGACAGUCGAGGUCUCCGUCGAUGCAGCCCUGACCGGUGCCGAGGCUGCUGAGACCGCCGUGAUCGAGGGCUCUAUCACCAACGUCGGCACCACCGUCACCCGUGCGGGCGAGGGGGCCAUCGAGCUCGAAGGCGAGGCAUCCCUGUCUGGUUUCGGCCGCGUCGCGACCGAGGGCCCCGGCUUCGCCCAGGGAACCUUCACCUACCGCCAGCCCUACCCCCUCGGCGUUGGCGCGGGCCGCAGCGCGACUGCGAACCCGCAGAUCUCUCUCAACUUUGGCGCUCGCACCAACGCUAUCCGCUCCGGAGGAACUACCAAGAUCAACUUCAGCAACCCCUCCAUCAACAACGUCCGCAUCACCAACCCCGGCGGAGCUCGCACCAGCGUCCGUAUCAAGGGCCAGCCCCUCACCAGGCUUCUUUCUUCUAGCUAG